GCACGGAGCCACUGCGCGAUCCUCGGAUCCUACAAUUUUUUGGCUGCUUAUCGGUCAGCACUCUCGGUGAACGAUUUCCAAACAGGAAGUUGUAUCGAUUGCGCAAAGAAAGGGCCAGUGAUAGUUUGUGACUAACGAACGGUGGCCAUCGUAGUGGAGUACGUAGCGAUUCGUGUGGUACGUGAAAAGAACUGGUCAUAACAUCAAAUUGCACAUUAAAGUAAAAUGUUAAAAAGUUGAUUGGAAUUAACAUCGACACGGUUAGCCGAGAUUACGCUACACGCUACGCUUACGCGGAUUUAGUUUAGCGCAUCGUACGAUUAGCCCCUGCCCAGUUCAAGGCCAACUUGUGUUCUGCACUGCAGCGAUAAUUAAUCGCGGAUUCGCCCGUCCACACACUGCCGCUUUAGACCCACCAACCUAAACACCAGCCAACCGACGUCGCACGAUGCAGGUCUUAAGCAAGAUGAGCUCGGUGCCCGUCACCUGCGUAGAGUACGCGCACCCGUGGACGAAUUCAUGCUCGGUGGCCACAGCGGAACUGAUGAUAGUCGGUUUGCAGUAUUGUUUACGAAUUUACGCGGCAGUUUACGCGUUUUCGCUGCUGAUGCGUGGCCGCUUACCGACGCCACCGGAGCUGGUGAAAACAAUUCGCGGCUGGCUGCAAUCGAGCGCAUUCCUCACAACCAAUGCCUUUAGCUACAUGAUGAUCACGUGCUUGGUGCGGCGCGCGUUUGGUUCAUUCAACUUUUACACCGUCUCGUACUUUCCGGCGUUUUUGGCCGCUUUCGUUUCGAUCCUGGUCGAGCGGUCUUCGCGUCGGGCCAUGUUGGCGUUGUACGUCUCGAACGUGGCCACGGAAACGAUGUGGAACAUUCUGCAGUCCCGUGGUCUCGUGCGCUCCAUUCCCUACGGUGAGGUUGCCAUCUUUGGGCUCUCUACCUCGGUGCUGAUGUACUGCUAUCGACUGAAUCGGCAGAAGGACUACCGUGAUUCGAUGUUCGAUGUGGUACAAUUUGCCAUCGGUGACAGUGAGGUUAUGAAGAGCGAACCGGCGCCGGCACUAACGACCGACGAGCCAACGUCUCGAGAUGGCGCUGGCACAUCACGGUCGACGAAGCGUCACUCGUACCCGCUCAUACAGUCCAUACUCAGAGCCUAUCUUCAGCUGACGGGCAGACUGAAACGUCUCGGGAAGCACAAACUCUGUCGACAUCGGCACAGCUGCCUUUACGAUACGCUCUCUAGUGGUGCACGUAUGUUUUCGAUGGGCCUCGGCAUACAGGUUGUGCUGAAGGUGGUGCUGCAGUUGCGUAAACUCAUUAACCGGCCCUCACUGCUACGCAAAACGUUCCUCAACAAGGAUAUCGUUCGGUUGGGGCUAUUCUUGGGUGGUUUUACUUCUAUUUAUAAGAUGUCUUCCUGUUUGUUGCGACACUUUACCAACAGUGAUAGCCCGAUGUACGCCUUACCGAGUGGGCUUUUAGCUAGUGCUGCCUUCGGAUUCUACGCAGACAACACCAUUGCCUUGUACAUUAUGUGGAAAACGUUGCAGAUAAUCUACAAUUGGGGCAUUGACAAAGGCUACCUUCCCCGGGUUCCCGGAUUUACAGUGUUACUGUACGCUGCCAGUACCGCUCUGCUGUUUCACGCAGCCACCCUCGAGCCGGAGAACCUGCGGCCAAGUUAUUGGAAGUUUCUAUACUCCAUCUCCGGUGGAAGAAUUUGCGUCAUGGACCGUAGUGGUUUCGAUGUGUACGGCCUGGACACCAGCGGUCAAGUAAGCACCAUGAUGAAGCUUUGUAAAACGGAACCAAUACUGGUAGGCAAGCUGAGCUAGUCGGGGCUAAGGUUGCGUUUUGGAUUUUACUCGCACAGCACAUCCAUUGCGGAUGUUUAAACAAAGAGAAAUAAAUCAAAGAUUACUGACGGAUUAGAAGCGAAACUCGUGCAGUUGAUGCGAGCGUGGCACAUCACACAAAUUCAAAGCAAUUUAGCGCACUUAUAAAAUGCGGGUCCGUAGUGCGUAAGAAAUGCAUCGUGAAUGCUUGUUGAGAGGGAGUGUUUCUGGUUUUGUUACCUCUACCCUUUUCCUAUUUUUUCCUUUUGCUUAGCGUUAAGUUAAUUCCAAUGUUAGCGGAUAGUUUGUAGGAAAUGUGUUAACAACUUUUUGCUGGGCAGAUUAGCUUAGAUAUAGGUUCUCUCUUGUUCGUGGGAAUGUAAACAAUACGAAAUAAAUCGAAGA